AUGCUACCGCCCAGGAACGCGCCAACGCGCGCUUCGCAAAGACGCAAUUCUUUGCAAGAUGAUGCACCUGUGCGCACCCGCGCUGGCCGUGGAGGAAAGUCAGCCCCUUCCAAAUCAGACCGACCAGAGAUGGUAGCACAGAUAGACAGUCCGACCAAACUGAGUCCAACAAUCACAAGGAAGACGACCCGUUCAGCUUCAAAUAUUUCAGGCAAUUCGUUUGAGGCUGCUUCAGAAGUGUACGCUUCGUUUGAGCACCCGCUUUUGAUGGUCUUUGGCCUAUCACGAGAGUUUUUUGAGGGCCUCAAGAAGCAUCACGGCAAAUUGCCCAAAGAACGCAAAUCCAUCGUAUCUUCUAUUCUAAAUGACUCGGCGACACCGGAAGACAUGUCGGAAUCCGAUGAGGAGACUGACGAGGACAGCGACCUGGAUGUACCAGCCGUCGUCCAGCCAGGUCCGAGAGGUGGCCGAGGCCGUGGCCGCGGUGGACGCCGAGGUCGCGGUCGCGGUACGCGAGGAAGAGGAAGAGGAGGCCGCGCAAGAGGAGGAUCUAUUCGAGCCAACUCUCCAUCUCGACCGAGCAGACCUGCUCGAAGUGCUGCUCCUAUGUUUCCGCUUACAGAACAAGACGAUGCACAACCGUCCAAUCAGAGCACUCCAGGCGCUAACGCCAAGCCACCAAUGCACAGCGGCGAGCAACAGCAAGACUAUUCCGACUCGGAAGACGAGGACGAGCAAGCUGUUGAGGAUGAAGAAAGUGACGAUGGUUUUGAGCCCAUGCAGAGCGUUCAGAAAUCUUCCAAUAUGAUCAACAGGUCACCAUCAUCUGGACUCCAAGACUCCAUUGCGGAAGGGUCACAUACACCGGGACCCGGCCCUAACUCGGAUCCUAAACCCACAAGGAGAGCCAUGGGCAAACUUCCAAUUCCCAAAAUCUCAUUACCCAAGGGUUCUGGCACGCAAACACCACGUGACGUUGUAUCAACGCCUGCUGAGUCAGCAAUACCAAGGCUUUUGGAUCCUGAAGACGACAUCCUGUCCGAAUCCGAUUUGCCAGAGCCGUUCGUAGAAGAUGCUCCUUGGCCAAAGGAAUCAGACUGUGAGGACAGAGCUGAUUACUUGCUUCAAACGCGGUUCAAGCCGAUGACUGACCUGCAAGACAUAAUUGCCUCUUUGACCAAAUAUCCUGCUUCUCAGCGAAGUACAGAAACACUGUAUGCGUUGGCCGAAAAUGCGCAGCAUAUUCUCAAAGCAUGGCAGGAUGAGUAUUUAAUGCUAGACGCGCGAACGGCACCUCACAUGCACCCUGCAAAGAAGGCUUGCAAUGGUGGACGCGUUCCAAUAGCCCCAGAGGUAUUCGAAGACAUGAAAGAAGCCGACCUAUACGGCUACGUUUACGAUCCGAAGAAGCAGCCUGGAUGUCAAGAUCCCUGGGCGCAAAGACCAGGAGCUGAAAAGGGUGGACGACGUGAACUCAGAACCCGACGGACUCGCGAUAUGCUAGAGUCUGCCGCACAAAGCGAGGAAGAUGAGGAAGGCGACCAAGAAGGCCGCCCCUCGAAGCGACAGCGAAGAGCUACCCGGAAGUUUGACGGUACUGACACAGGGACGGGGGCCAACACACCAAAGAAGCACAAUGGCUGGGGUGGCGCUCGAAAGAAGGGUGUCAGUAAUAAGCUGCUCAGUAAGCCAGGCUCCGAGACACCAGAGCCUGAAGGCCGAGCGGCGAAGCGUGCUCGAACGGCAGCCACCAACCUCCUCCAUCAACGCAUACAAGAGAUGCGAGAAGAGUCGGCUGGUGGGAGCUCAGCAGAGGAGGGCUCAUCCGUCAUGGAUGUGGACGAGCAAUCAGAUGUCGGCCCCAAGCGCGGUCGUCCUGCUGGCAGCAAGAACGUGGCCAGGCGAAGUGACUAUGGCGUGAAAAAGGGACCACGCAAGAAAACCAGUGCUGCUGGUACACCAGCUCCAACGGCCCCUGCCGCAAACGCUCCACCUCCAGCAUUGAACUCUAUGAGUGAAGGCCAGGGCCAAUUUACCAUUGGGGAACAGCCUCAGGCUGACAAACCUUUGUUGCCACCGAAUGCAGCCGAGGCAGGUUAUCAAACUACACCACGAGUACUCCCUUCCCAAGAAGUACCCAUGGUUCAUCCAAAUGAGUCAAGCACACCAGAUGCCUACAUGUUGACGGCACCACUGAGUCAAUACACAAGCGGCUAUGUAGAAGAGACAUCGCCCGCCUCAGGUUCACGACGCAAACCUCGGGUUAAAAGCGAGAAGCGCAGCCAGUCCAUGGAAAUAUGGUUGAACUUAGCAAAAACCUCAAAAUCGUGGACAUCACGAGAAGAAUGGCACUCCUACCAAAACAUCCACCUGGCGGUCCAAUUCAGUCUCUAG